AACAUGGCCGCCGCGUAUUGACUGUCGUACGUUUGUUUACUCUUAUUUUCUAAGUUUUUAAUGUUUAGUGCAGUUUUGUUAUAAUGAAUCGUCAUUGAAAGUUCUUAUGUUAGUUGGUGUGUUUCAUAAAAGUUCUUUUUCAAGUGUUUCGUUUCAGUUUUCUUUCAAAAAGUGUGCAAGUUAGUGAUUGAACCGACCAGUUCUCUUAGAGUGCUUCCACAUUGGAAUGUUGUGAUAAAAUCAUAGUGGAUACAGUGUUGUCGCUUAUAAUUUCGUUUGGAUUUCAUUCCGGCCUCAAAAGAUGCGGUUACGUACAAUGUAAAUGUGCGUGUGGCCGCCACGAUGCAUGUGUGGGUGCGCGGCGCCGCGUGCGCGCUGUGCGUGUGCGCACUGGUGUCGGUGUGUGAGGGCAAGCAGAUCAGCGAGACCCUGCAGAGGGCGCUGUCGGCGGUGCGCGGGCCCAGCCCGGGGGCUAAGAAGUUGCUGAAUAUACCGGAUGAUGGAGCGGACCCCUUGCCCGGCAAGCACGUCCCCCUAGAGAGCUAUGAGAGCGAGUUGGAGAGAGAGCAUGCACUGCCGACGUCCGUCCCCAACGCUGACAUCCUUAAAACUAAUAGCAACCCAACCUAUCACAAGCCGAGACCGCCGGCGCACCACGGCGCGGCACUGCUGGCCGGCGUGGGCGCAGUGCCGUCGUACGCGCCGCCCGGUCGCGCCUUCUUCACGCCGCCCCUGCCGCCCGAGUACCGCAACCCGUUCGCUGACAAGCCGACACUCAGAGGCACAAAUACAGAUGGGAACAGUUACCUCAACCGGCGGCCCAUCCCUCCGCCCUCCCUCGGGCCGGGUCAUGAGAGGAUACCUAUACGACCUCCUGGACAGGAGGUAUCAUCCCCACAAUUGCCGGCCCCUCCCCCCUUGCCCAUCGCGCCGCCGCUGCCGCCCGCCGGCCUCGAGCCCCACAAGAAAAAGGCCCUUAACACGCCUAGCCAUAAGCCUGAUGAACUAGACGGCGACAAGCACGGCACGGAUCAAGCGAACUUCACAGACUUUGUUCCGAACUCCCUCAACAUCCCCACUAUAUCCAGGAUCCUUUCUGGCUCCAACGGAAGAAAAGAAGAUAUACCAGAUGUCCUUCUAAGAACUGUCACAGCUAAACCUCAACAUAAUCAAGAGAAAACAUCUAAAAACGAUGUCUUCGUAACAAAAGACGCUGGAGUCACCAUCAGCGACAACAAAGACGUAUCCACGGAAGGCGUUCUAGCUGUCCUAGAUCCAGAAAUGAAUAACCUAGAUAGGCCGCUAAUUAUAGACCAAAACGGCGAAACGAAUACGCGGAGAAAUCUCCAAUACGCGACUAAAGAUAAAAAUGACAGUAGAAAAGAUUACACGCCGGCUACUACGAUUGGUUUUGAGUUGAAGGAUCCGGAAAUGUCAACGGAGAGAUAUCAUAAUUUGGCCAAUGUGAAUUCAGACAAGAAGAUUCUCAAACAGGACACGAAAAACGGCGGGCCAGUGCAGAGGGCCGGGGUCACGUGGCCCUUCGCGUGGAACGUCCACAUAUAUCUAGCUACAGUCAUGUUCACUAUAUUGGCCGUGUACUCGAUAUUCAAGAUCAUCUGCUACAACAAGUUCACUCACCUCUUCACACAGUACUACUUUAUCAUUCUGCACUUGAUUCUGGUGUUCGUGUGUUUGAUGCGAAUCUUCUACAUGUGCUACGAUCCGUACAACAUCAACAGCUCGCUGCCGACAUUCAUCAGUGAGAUUCUGUUGCACGUGCCGGAGAUUUUCUUGAGUAUAGCGUUCUCUAGUACGAUACUGUUUUUGUUGACGAAUAGCAUUAAUUUUAAGACGACGUGCUGCGCUUUUCUGUUCCGAUCUCGGACUAUAAUAAUAGCGGGCGGCAUACACCUGCUGUCGUGCGUAAUCUUGCAUAUCUUUGAGAGUAGUAAUACGAUUUAUAGGACGCCCCAGGGGGUAGAAAAAAGGGUACUAGGUCUAACGUGUCAAAUUAUUUAUAUCAUAGCGUGUCUGACUCUCGGCCUCUGCUACUUGUAUGUAUAUAAAAUGCUCAAAACGGUGCUGCAGAAAAAGAGUCACACGUACAUACACGGCUUCCAGAAUCUGUAUCAAGCUAUACACAUAAACUUAGCGACCGCUCUGUUGUUCGUCCUCAUGGCGGCGCUCCAAAUAUUCGGAAUAUUCGGCAUAAAUCAAGUUAAUAUGACGAAAUUCGAUUGGCUGCAAUGGGGUUAUCAGUUCUCGUUGCGUUUGAUAGAAAUCAGCGUCGUAGCUCUUAUUUCGUGGGUGAUAAGCCUCAAAGUCGGGAUAGUCGCGUCGCUGCAACACGAGAAAGCGGACGGGCAAAAAAUAUCUGGGUUAGGUCUGUUCCCUUGCGCGGGAGGCUCCAGCAACGAGCAGUUCGAGUCGGACUACCCCGCCAUAUGCAACACCAACACCAACCUCCACACCUACACCCUGCGGACGGGGAAGCCCAUAUACGAAAGCGCGGGCCACCAUCAGAACCUUCCGGAGCAGUGCUGCGGACCGAUCGACCACCAGAGGUUCCACCUCAACACGCUGGCCGCCAACUGCGAUAAUAAUUCUGGCACCGAGAAUUACUCCGGCCACAGUUCGAUAGCGAACGCCGGCCAUAGCAGCUCGACCGAGUCCAGCAACGCCGCGUCCAGCCAGGGCGUCACCAACCACUUGAUAAAGCACCAUCCCAACCUGGCCGGGUACAACGGCAUCGAGUCCGCGUCCGACGACCACUACUCCAACUGCGACCCGGCCAUGCAGGCGCUGCAGGCCGACGACCCGCUGGACCACGAGUACAACGUCAUACAGUACGGCAGCAGCGGCGACUUCGUGCGCGACAUCCAGAACCAGAACUACACGGGCGGCUCCGCGCGCAGCUCGCACAACUUCAAGCACAUGUCGUACGACCGCGCGUCCGCGCGCACCAACAGCAACCCGCGCCGCAAGCACCGGCCCCGGAACCGCGGCCCUUGCCCCACGCUGGGCUUCGAGCCCGGCCCCCACUACCACCGGCCGCGCUUGCCGGACGACGGCGCGUCGCAGCACGCGUCCGGCGCGCGCACGCUGGACCCGCACCGGGCGGAGCGGGCGGAGCGGGCGGAGCGGGCCGAGCGGGCGGAGCGGGCCGAGCGGGCGGACGCGCGCGGCUCGCAGCGGCGCGCCGAGCGGCCCGCGUCCGGCGACCUGUACGGCUUCGCGCCGGAGCCGGCCGAGCGCGGCUACGCGCAGCCCGCGCAGCCCGCGAGCUACGAGUACGCGCAGCCGCAGGACGGGCUGCAGGCGGAGCCGGCGGGCAGCAUGCUGGUGGCGCAGGACGGCUUCGUGCGCUUCCGGCCGCUGGAGGACGCGCCGCUCUGAUGCGCGGCGAGCGCGCCGCACUUGUACAAAGCGAUGUAUAGCUAGCCUAGCCCUGUACAUAGAGACGAGACGGGAGCGCCGGUGUCGCCGGACGUCUGUUGUGUCGGAGUAUCGAUGUUGCCAUUACAUACAGUUGAAAAUAAUUUAUUUAUAGUUGACGAUCGCGUAGUGCGUUCCGUUCGCCCGCCGUAGAUCCCCGCACGACCCGAGUCGCAGACAGCGUGUGAUAUCUGUUUCUUUGAACGUUAUUCUGUCCAUAAUUUUUAAGCGUAGAGAUAAUCCGACUGAUUCGUGUCGGUGGUUGUUUGUGUUUCUUUGCAUUUAAUUAAUCGAAUGUUCUUCUAAUAUUUCCGAUAAAUUUUAUAAUGAUAGUAUAAAACGAACGUUAAUUUUAAUAGUUAUAUGCGUGCAAAUGUCUAAAUAUUUAUUUUGUGCCGACGAUCCUUGUACUUAUUUGUUUCCUAUUCGUGUUACCAGGUUUAAGUGUUUUCCUGUGUCUAGAAAUAUCUGGCAGCUUUUUAACGUUUUUCUAAUUUAGUAAAUAAACAAAAGAUUGUUCUGUGAAUAUAUAUUUUUUUGCAAAUAUUAUAAUUUUACAUUUUCCGACGCUGGUAAUUCAAAAAAUGCUCUUAACCUAGUCAAAACGAAUAUUAUCAUUAUCCUGCCAUUAUCAUGAAAGUAUAAAAAUAUCAUCACUAGUAAAAUCAGAAUUUAUUAUGAUAGCGACACAGAUUUAACUGAUAUAUAUAUAGAAAUUGUUAUGUAACGUACAUGUGUAUGUUGAAUAUCGCAUAUAAUGUGCGUUAUCGAAUAGAUAGGUGAAAAAAUAAUUGUAUAAAUUUAAGACGAGAGUAUUUAUAAUCGAAAAAAUAUUCUAAGUCGAGAAUUGGUGUUUAUUUCGAUUGGGCGGGGCGUGUGCAGGCGUGUUGGACGCGGCGUUUUUUCGUUUAAGAAAUGUCCGGUUAAUUGUGAACAAAUGUUCGUCAAAAAUAUUAAAAUUAUGUUUUAAUGAACGCUGCGAAAAACACGCUCGUUAGAAUGCCUAAAGGUUUUGUGCUCAUAUAAUUCCUAUGUACAUAAUUGUCCAGUAUGGUAUAUAUAACCGUACUAAUCGUCACUUUUUUAUUUUUUUAAUUAAUAAGUGUGUAUAUAAUCGGGCUACUGUAGUAGCGAAUAUUGAUAGUAUCAAUUUUAUGUAAAUUAUAUAAUUUUUUUUAAUGUUUCCAAGACUGUACCUACUUUUAUCAUUUAACGAACACAACUGACAUUUAUUAUGUAUA